GAUAUGACGUAGUACUGGAGGCGUUGGCCGGUGUAGUGUCAGUCUGAGUCCGACAAGAACAACAUUCUCUCCGAUAAUCUCCGCGAAGAACUAGGAGCUGACUAAGUAAAAACGUUUAAACUUACUCUACCUCUCGUUUUUAUUUGUACCACCACGAAGCUAUUUUCUUGAACCCGUCAAAAUGAUCAAAAACGGUCACCACGCCACGGACGACCAACAGGACGAAGCCGGUUGCAGUAAGCCGGGUAGUUCAGUGCGCAGCCCGGAGAAAAGGAAGCGCGUCGUCCGGUUGUGGUGUGACGGCUGUUAUGACAUGGUACACUAUGGUCACUCCAACCAGCUACGGCAGGCCAAAGCCAUGGGAGAUUACCUCAUAGCUGGAGUCCAUACAGAUGCGGAGAUUUCCAAACACAAGGGUCCUCCAGUCUUCACUCAGGAAGAACGCUACAAGAUGGUACGGGCAAUCAAGUGGGUGGAUGAGAUAGUAGAAGGAGCACCUUACGUCACCACCCUGGAGACUCUGGAUAAAUACAACUGUGACUCCUGUGUGCAUGGAGAUGACAUCACGCUGACUGUAGAUGGCAAAGACACAUAUGAAGAGGUGAAGCGUGCAGGCCGGUACCGGGAAUGUAGACGCACACAGGGUGUCUCCACCACUGACCUGGUGGGACGUAUGCUUCUCAUGACCAAAGCCCAUCACAGCAACAUGGAUAACCCAGAUUACCAGCAGCAUACAGACAACUUUGGAAAGGGUCCUAAAGGCCACAGUCCCUGGACAGGAGUGUCUCAGUUCCUCCAGACGUCCCAGAAAAUCAUCCAGUUUGCCUCAGGAAAGGAGCCACAGCCUGGAGACACCAUCAUCUAUGUGGCUGGAGCAUUUGACCUCUUCCACAUCGGCCAUGUUGACUUUCUAGAGAUGGUGUAUAAACAGGCAGAGAGGCCCUACGUCAUCGUAGGUCUGCACUUUGAUCAGGAAGUGAAUCGGUACAAGGGGAAGAACUAUCCAAUCAUGAACAUCCACGAGAGAACGCUGAGUGUCUUGGCCUGUCGGUACGUGUCGGAGGUGGUGAUCGGUGCACCCUAUGCGGUGGGCAAAGACCUGCUGGAUCACUUUAAGGUCGAUCUGGUGUGCCAUGGUAAGACGGAGGUGUUUUCUGACAAGGAUGGGUCAGACCCCUACGCGGAGCCUAAGAAGAGAGGGAUAUUCAGGACCAUCGACAGUGGAAACAACCUCACCACUGAUGACAUUGUCCAGAGGAUCAUUGAAAACAGAUUGCAGUUUGAAGCCAGGAACCAGAAAAAGGAGGCCAAGGAGAUGGCGGUGAUUGAGGCAAUGAAGAAGAGAGACCAGCAGGAGCAGAGUGAAGCUGCAGCCCAGACUGCUCACUAGUGAGACCUCCAGCCUGGGCCCAACUGGUUCUGUGUCUGAUCUACUCCUAGUACUCAGCUUUAAAGAAGGUGGACAAACUGACCCAGACAGAUGUUGUCCUAAACCAGGCCUGGCUCUGGAUAAAAUGACCCCGGUUUCCCUUUUGGUCUCUAGUAGUCCACUGGUGCAGAAUCCUGCUUUUAACAUUUGGUGAGGCAGUGUGUCCCACACACUGCUGGGUUAGCUCCUCUCAGCUCUUGUAUAUGGACUACUCCAGCCUAAAUGGGAUUAGAUUAGAUCUGCCUUGACAAGAACACAAAGAAUCCAAACAUAUAACACGUACUAUGACUUUUAACCAACAAAAUCCCUUUACACAUCUCAUCCUCCACAAACAACUUUAUUUUUAUCUUCUUUCAUGUUGUACGUAUGAUUGUGUCCAUGAAUUUACACACUGCAUGUCCCUGUAUAGGUGUUUAAACUGGUAUAUUAAGUUUGUAAUUAUCCAUAACUUAUUGACAAAAUGUUAACAUCAUUGUUAGUUAUGUUUUUAGAUUUUAAACCAAAUUAGUUUUUAAUGAUCAGUCUUAGAGGUGGUAGCAGUAAGGUUGAAUAUUUUUAAUACAUUUAGAAAAUGUAGAUUAAUUUCAAUUUCUGUGUUUUUGUCUUGCCUAAAAAAACAUAAUUUCUACGUUAAAUCAUCUGUGAAGUAGUCUUCUAAUUUUAACUCUUGAUUUUAACUGCCUGAAUUUGCACCGUGUGUGUGUGUGUGUGUGUGUGUGUGUGUGUGUGUGUGUGUGUGUGUGUGUGUGUGUGUGUGUGUGUGUGUGUGUGUGUGUGAGUGUGAGUGUGAGUGUGUGAGAGAGCGUGAGUUAAGUGAGGUCAGCGAGUGAGGGUUUGCGCUGUAAAUGACAGUAGUGCCUCAUUCCAAGAGCUAAAACUAAAUUGAGGGCUGUGAAUUGUAUCAAAACGUCUGAACUGCUGCAGUGUCUCUACAACUAUGGAUAAAGUUGUUGAGUUCUACUUUUGUCAGUCUACAUUUAAGAGAGAAAACUAGAAUGUCCUCUUCUCCUUUUUCACAAGACAAUCGAAGAACUGAAAGAUUUGGGACCCGGGUUCACCAUCAAACUUGAACGUUACCGUCUGUUUCCUAUUCCUAUGAUUAUAUGGGGCGUAUUACUUGGACAUGAAUGGUUAAUGUGUGCGUGUGUGGGUUGGAAGGUGGAAUGGUGGCAGCCUGAGAAAUAACUAAGUUUCUAAAUAUUAUACAGUGAAAAUUUUCACAACCUUUCAAUCACUGUAUUGCAAUGUGUAAAUUUCCCUUUAUUAAAUAAAUCGUUAAAAAAUCGCAAA